AUGGAUAAAACUCAAUGCAGUUCGAAUGUCCUGCCUCCUUUCCUCGUGAAGACAUACGAGAUGGUUGAUGAUCAUUCCUCGGAUUCUGUUAUCUCCUGGAGUCAGAGUAAUAAAAGCUUUGUUGUCUGGAAUCCACCUGAAUUUGCGAGGGAUUUGCUACCUAGAUUCUUCAAGCACAAUAACUUCUCCAGCUUUAUCAGACAGCUCAAUACAUAUGGUUUUAGGAAAAUUGAUCCAGAACAAUGGGAAUUUUCAAAUGAAGAUUUUAUAAGAGGACAACCACACCUUUUGAAGAACAUUCACAGACGCAAGCCAAAAGAAUUUGCCCCUUCAAUUCCAGAGAAAAACAUCACAUGCCUUACAAGGCUUGAUCAUAACAGAGCCCUAGGCCAAAUAUCAGAGAGGAUACAUGUUCAUGUUGGAGAUGUGAAGAAUGUGAUCAUAUGGAGAAAUCACUCUUCAACUCAAUAUCCUGAUGUCAAUCAUGCAACUGUUAGCACCGGUGCCGCACACAAGCCGGUCAGAGAACUUGUUGGUGACAAUAAUUGGUAUGAGUUCAUCACCACCGUGCAACAGCGAGGUGCUGUUAUCAUCCAAGCUCGGAAGCUAUCCAGUGCAUUAUUUGCUGCAAGCUCUACUUGUGAUCACAUACGCGAUUGGGUUCUUGGAACUCCAAAGGGAACAUGGGUUUUUCUAUACUACAGUAUUGCAAGCUAUGUUAUUAAUGAAACUAAUUCGAAUGCAGGGCUCAAGAUCGAUGAGUUUUCAAGGGGAAAGAUGGAUGCCACGGCAAAAGAGCUCAUGGAGGAGAAAUCAUUGGCCUAUUCAUGCCUCAAGUGACAAACAUGCUCAGAUUUCCUUCGAAGAACAAAACACAAUAGAGAGGGAUGCCAAUAAAUUCAUGAAAUUUUAAUUUGGUUAUGCAAUUAAUAAGCUGCCUACCCUGGUGAUGAAGUGCUCUUUCAGAGUUUCUAACUCUCAUC